UCCGACCGCCUGCUAGGUAAUCAGACCUGACAGAAAAGAUGGCGGCUCAGCGGCACUAAGUCUUCUCUUUAAUGAGUUAUCAAAUUUUGUCUGUUUAUUCGGUUUUCUUCUGGACAAGGAAAUCAAGUCCGUGUGGAGAAACUCUUCUCGUCGAGGAGAUUUUGCGAGACAGAAAAGCGUCCUUUUACCGGGAGUUAGCUGCUACAGCAGUUUUCUGUUGGAGCGCUGGCAGCGGUGUAGCUAACUACUUUGUAGCGUCAUUGUAAAAUGGCUCCGGUGCAGAUCGGUUCAGACGGGCCGCUCGUCCAAGUCGGAGGUAUGAUUGUUUCGGGUCCACAGGCACCACCACUCGGUGCCCCGGGCACACCGGGGGUCCGACUCAGCAUGCUUAUUGAGUUUCUUCUCCAAAGGACGUACCAGGAAAUCACCACACUGGCGGAACUGCUGCCCAGGAAAACAGACAUGGAGAGGAAAAUUGAGAUUGUUCAGUUCGCAAGUCGCACUAGGCAGCUGUUUGUCCGUCUCCUGGCCCUGGUGAAGUGGGCGAGCAAUGCAGGGAAAGUGGAGAAGUGUGCGAUGAUCUCCAGCUUCCUGGAUCAGCAGACCAUUUUGUUUGUGGACACAGCUGAUCGACUGGCAUCACUGGCCAGAGAUGCCUUGGUUCAUGCUCGUUUGCCCAGCUUUGCCAUCCCUUUUGCCAUCGAUGUGCUCACCACAGGGUCGUACCCACGCUUGCCCACCUGCAUAAGAGAUAAGAUCAUUCCUCCAGACCCCAUUACCAAGGCUGAGAAGCAGACUACCCUCAACCAGCUUAAUCAGAUUCUACGGCACCGCCUUGUCACUACAGACUUGCCGCCUCAGCUAGCAAAUCUCACAGUCGCUAACGGGCGUGUAAAGUUUCGUGUGGAAGGAGAGUUUGAGGCCACCUUGACCGUGAUGGGGGAUGAUCCCGAUAUUCCCUGGAGGCUGCUGAAGUUGGAUAUUCUGGUGGAGGACAAAGAAACUGGAGAUGGCCGAGCCCUGGUCCACAGUUUGCAGGUGAACUUCAUCCACGAGUUGGUCCAGGCACGUCUUUGUGCUGACGAAAAACCUCUGCAAGAUAUGUACAACUGCUUGCACUCCUUCUGUCUAUCACUGCAGCUCGAAGUGCUCCACUCUCAGACUCUGAUGCUGAUCAGAGAGCGCUGGGGAGACCUGGUGCAGGAGGAGAGAUACGUGCCAGCAAAAUACCUCACGCUCUCUGUUUGGAACCAACAGGUUUUGGGUAGGAAAACGGGUACAGCAUCAGUGCAUAAGGUCACUAUCAGGAUUGAUGAAUCAGAUGGAUCGAAGCCAUUACAAAUUUCUCAUGAACCCCCUCUUCCCAUCUCUGACUCUAAAUUAAUGGAGAGAGCUAUGAAGAUUGAUCACCUGUCAGUGGAGAAGCUUUUGAUUGACAGCGUGCAUGCCCGGUCCCAUCAGAAGCUGCAGGAACUGAAGGCCAUUCUAAAGACCAGCAAUCCCAGUGACAGCUCAUUUAUCGAGACUGCUUUACCCACACUUGUUAUUCCAAUACUUGAGCCCUGCGGCCGCUCAGAGUGCCUACACAUUUUCGUAGACCUGCACUCUGGCAUGUUCCAGCCCAUGCUGUAUGGUUUAGAUCAGUCCAUAUUGGAUGACAUUGAAAAGACCAUCAACGAUGAUAUGAAGCGCAUUAUCUCUUGGCUUCAGCAGCUGAAGUUCUGGUUGGGGGAGCAGCGCUGCCGGCAGUCUGUGAAACACCUUCCCACUGUGUGCACUGACGUCCUUCACCUCUCCAACUCAGCUUCUCACCCUGUUGGCAACCUGUCAAAACACAAACUCUUCAUCAAGCUCACACGGCUUCCGCAGUACUACAUUGUGGUAGAGAUGCUUGAAGUGCCUAGCAGUCCCACAGCAUUGCAGUACAAGUACUCUUUCCUGUCAGUGUCUCAGCUGGAAGGAGAUGAUGGACCCAUGUGUGCACAGCUUCUGCAGCAUUUUAAACCCAAUCUAGAACACCUUGUUCAGGACACAACAGGCAAAGGGGCUCAGCCUGGGACUAAGAGAAAGAUUAUUGGAGAUCAAGUGGAGCCAGAGCCAAAGAAGCCUAAGCGGUCUGGAGAAAUGUGUGCCUUCAACAAAGAGCUGGCUCACCUUGUUGCAAUGUGUGAUACCAACAUGCCUUUUAUUGGCCUUAGAGCAGAGCUGUCCAACAUGGAGAUUCCAAAUCAGGGUGUCCAAGUGGAAGGAGACGGCAGCAGUCAUGCAAUACGUCUAAUAAAGAUUCCUCCUUGUAAAGGUGUAGGAGAGGAGACCAGGAGACCUUUGGAGCGUUCCCUACUUGACUGCACUUUCCGCCUGCAGGGCAGGAACAACAGAACCUGGGUGGCUGAACUGGUGCUGGCCAACUGCCCUCUCAACAGUACACAUAGCAAGGAGCAAGCCUCCACGCGACACGUGUAUCUGACCUAUGAGAACCCCCUUUCGGAGCCCGUGGGCGGCCGGAAGGUCGUUGAGAUGUUCCUUAAUGACUGGAAUGCCAUUAGUCAACUCUACCAGUGUGUCCUCAACUUCUCUCGUGCACUGCCAGAGAUGCCAUCUUAUUUGAGUAUGUUCUCAGAGGUGCGGCUGUAUAACUACCGUAAGCUGGUGCUGUGCUAUGGCACCACCAAGGGCAGCUCUGUCACCAUCCAGUGGAACUCCAGCACUCAGCGUUUCCACCUUGCCCUGGGAACUGUGGGACCUAACUCUGGCUGCUCCAACUGCCAUAAUAUCAUCCUCCAUCAACUCCAGGAGAUGUUCAACAAAAACCCAAAUGUGAUGCAGCUACUGCAGGUGCUUUCAGACACGCAGGCUCCUCUGAAUGCAAUCAACAAGCUACCUACGGUACCCAUGUUGGGCCUCACCCAGCGCACAAACACUGCCUACCAGUGCUUCUCCAUCCUGCCGCAGUCACCCACACACAUCCGGCUGGCAUUCCGAAACAUGUACUGCAUCGACAUCUAUUGCCGGAGCCGCGGAGUGGUAGCCAUCAGAGAUGGAGCCUACAGUCUCUUUGACAACACUAAGAUUGUAGAGGGCUUUUACCCUGCUCCAGGACUGAAGACAUUCUUGAACAUGUUUGUAGACAGCAAUCAGGAUGCUCGCAGGCGAUCGGUCAACGAAGAUGACAACCCGCCCUCACCUGUGGGUGUAGAUGUUAUGGACAGUCUUAUGAACCAGUUGCAGGCUCAACAGCAACCACAGACUAUGAGAGGGGGUCCGGGAGGGGUGUAUCCUCCCCUAACAUCACCACCACCUAAUUACUAUGCCAAUGUAACUCCCUCACCAUCCAUGAUGCCCACCCCAUCACCAGGGAACAUCCAUGCCUCUGGCUCCCCUAGUGGAGCUCUAAGGGCACCCUCUCCUUUUGGGCCAACCCCGUCCCCGUCUUCUUUGGGCAUAGCCAUGGGCCAGACCAGCUUUGCCAGUCCCCACGGUGUUUUGGACCCCAGCUCUCCGUAUGCCAUGGUGUCUCCCAGUAACAGGGGCCAGUGGCCAGGUUCACCUCAGGUCUCAGGGCCUUCUCCUGGGGCAAGAAUCCAUGGCAUGUCCCCUGGCAAUCCUUCGCUGAACUCACCCAUUCCUGACCCUAAUUCGCCACGUGCUGGGUCCAGUUCACAAGUCAUGCCUACCAGUAUGCCUCCACCCCGCAAGCUACCUCAGCGCCCUUGGGCUGCCUCCAUUCCUACUAUCCUCACCCACAAUGCCUUGCAUGUGCUUCUGCUCCCCUCCCCAACUCCCUGCCAUGUGCCCGGCCUGGCAGGAAGCUACCUCUGCUCACCUCUGGAGCGUUUUCUGGGUUCAGUUAUCAUGAGACGGCACCUACAGAGGAUCAUCCAGCAGGAAGCCAAUUUAACUAUAGUGAACUCUAAUGAGCCAGGGGUUAUCAUGUUCAAGACUGAGGUGCUCAAGUGUCGUGUGGCUCUCAACCCAAAUAACUACCAGACGCUGCAGCUCAAAGUCACUCCAGAAAACACAGGUCCCUGGUCCCAAGAGGAGCUUCAGGUGCUGGAGAGGUUCUUCGAGACUCGUGUUGCUGGUCCUCCCUUUAAAUACAACACCCUGAAUGCCUUCACAAAGCUGCUGGGUGCACCCACUAAUAUCCUUAGGGACUGUGUGCGCAUCAUGAAGCUUGAAUUGUUCCCUGACCAGGCUGCACAGCUUAAGUGGAAUGUCCAGUUCUGCCUCACCAUCCCCCCCAGUGCUCCGCCCAUCGCCCCUCCUGGAACCAUUGCUGUGGUGCUCAAGUCUAAGAUGCUUUUCUUUUUGCAGCUGACCCAGCGUAUCCCGGUACCACAGGAUCCAGUGAGCAUUAUCGUACCCAUUGUUUACGACAUGGCCACAGGCCUCACUCAGCAGGCUGACAUCCCCAGACAGCACAGCUCCUCUGGAGCCGCAGCACUCAUGGUCUCUAAUAUCCUCAAGAGGUUCAAUGAGCUGCAUCCUGCCAGGCAGGGUGAGUGCACCAUAUUUGCAUCUGUUCAUGAGCUGAUGGCCAACCUCACCCUCCCCCCCGGCACCCGACAGUAGAAACAACCAUGUCAGACCCGAUGUGGAAACUCAACCCCAAGUCCCUUUAAGAGGGAGCAUGAGCUGAACCUUAAGCUUGCUCGACACAUGAGUGUAAAAGCUGUGGUCCCAAGAUGUCAAAACCCAGCUUGCGUCCCCUUUGAUUCAGCCACUGGACUUCUGAUGUGAUGGAUAAUUUCAAAGGGGAUUCAAAUAUGUACAGUCUUGGAGACGCUCUUUAGGAUUUGCCAUUCAGGUAGAUCUUGGAACCAGGAUGACAUUGGAUCCAAAAGGAUAUAAAUGUAUGUUUGUUUUUCCUCCAGGUGCACUUGAAAACAAUUUAUGUAUUAAUUUUUUUUUCUUUUUUACAGAAAUAAGAAUAUUUAAGUGUUUAAAAGAAUGAGGUGAGAUCAAUUUUUGCUACAGCCCUGACUUUUUUUUUUUAUUUUAUUUUGAAUAAUGCCAGACUUAUAUCAAACUGAUAUUAUUGUAGUAUCAGGAGGUAUUUUCCUUAGCACACUAUUUAACUGUCUUCUUGCCUUUACAUUGUCAUUCCUCUGCAAUCUAAUUUCAAACGUACACUUUGGAUACUGUAAAAACUGUGAUAAACUUUAUAAGCCAGUUGUAUUUUAUUAAGAACCAUUUUGAGUCCUGAUUAAAGGAUCUGAGACAUCU